ACAGUUCCCUCCGCCGAACUUACCCUGCGGGUGGGGCGGCCCGGGAGCCAGCGGGGCACGUGAGCGAUGGAGACCAUCUGGAUCUACCAGUUCCGCCUCAUAGUGAUCGGGGAUUCCACCGUUGGCAAGUCGUGCCUCCUGCACCGCUUCACCCAGGGCCGCUUCCCCGGGUUGCGCUCCCCCGCCUGCGACCCCACCGUCGGCGUGGACUUCUUCUCCCGCCUGCUCGAGAUCGAGCCUGGCAAGAGAAUCAAGCUGCAGCUCUGGGACACGGCGGGACAGGAGCGGUUCAGAUCAAUAACUCGAUCUUAUUACCGAAACUCAGUUGGUGGAUUUUUAGUAUUUGACAUUACCAACCGGCGAUCUUUUGAACAUGUGAAAGAUUGGCUAGAAGAAGCAAAACUGUAUGUACAGCCAUUUCGGAUUGUAUUUCUGCUAGUGGGACAUAAAUGUGAUUUAGCUUCACAACGUCAAGUUACAAGGGAAGAGGCUGAAAAACUAUCAGCAGACUGUGGAAUGAAAUAUAUAGAAACGUCAGCAAAGGAUGCAACAAAUGUUGAAGAAUCCUUCACAAUAUUGACAAGAGACAUAUAUGAACUUAUUAAAAAGGGAGAAAUUUGUAUUCAGGAUGGCUGGGAAGGGGUUAAAAGUGGUUUUGUUCCAAAUACUGUGCAUUCUUCUGAGGAAGCAGUAAAGCCCAGGAAAGAGUGCUUCUGCUGACUUCAAACAUGCCAAAGAACUAACAGGAACAGACUGGGUGUUAUUUCAGGAUAAAUACCAACAUUAACAGGAGAAUGAUGCAAGGAAAGCACUGAAAAGCCCACACUAAUGCUGUUUUAUAAGGUGUUUGAUUCACAGCACUUUGCUUACUUGUUACACUACCAGAUUGGGCAUUUUGCUAAAUUACCAGGCAGAGCAGACAACUUUUUCUUCAAACUGGCAUAUCUACAUAAUUACCUCCAUUCUCACUUUGAUAGCAUACAGCAGACAUUAGUGUCCAGCUAAGUCAAUAUUCCUCAUUUUUACUGACAGUUCAAAAUGGAUUUUUUGUACAUACAUAGUGAGAUUGAAAGAUUUUUAUCAGAAAUUGCAUUCUUUUGAGUUAAUUAAGAUUGAAUAGUAAAGUGCAUUUAAAAGGACACUGUUCACUUGCAAAGUAAACAAUCUCAGAAGUAUCAACUAGAUUUUAUGUAACAGUUUUCUUGUUUAGUGUAUCAGGGUUUUUUGGGGUUUUUUAAAAAUUGUUCUCUGAAAUACUUAUUCUCCCUUAAUUUUGCCUGUACUUAAGAAAAUAAGUUUUAUACUCAUUUUUAUUCCCUGAUUUAUUGCUUCUAGAAAUUUUGUUUUGCAAAGAUCUCCCUCCAAGGAUCCAAGCAAAAUAUUCUAAGCAAAUAUUUGUAAAAGUAAAAACGAAAGACCACUCAACAGCAAAUGUUUGCUGUUACAGUAUACUGUUUGUAUUUGGACAAGAAAAACAUAAUUUAUUUAUAUACUGACCUUUUCAAAGACAGUAAAUGCAAUUUUCCUUGAACUAUUGUCAAAAUUAUCAAUAUAGGUAAAUAUGGAAUGCUUUUAAUAAUAGCAUUUUUGUCUGAGUAAAUUCCCAAAUUUCUUCAUUUUCAAUACAAGAAGAGUGUAUAAAAAAUUUUUUCUGGAUGAGGAAAAUUGAUUAAAUAUUUGACAUAUUUAGCAUUCAGAUUACAUUUUACAAUUUCAUCAAGAUAAGUCAAGAUAGAAUAAUUCAGUCAAGGCAGUAAAAUGACUUUUGAGUUUCCUAAUUUUUUUUUUUGGCCGGGGCUGGGUUUGAACCCACCAACUCCGGUAUAUGGGGCCGGCACCCUAUUCCUUUGAGCCACAGGCGCCGCCCUUGAGUUUUCUAAUUUUUAAUUUAUUGAUUAAACUCCCCUCCUGGAAGGGAUAUUUUGAUCAUAAUUCAGAUAUUUAUAAUGUGCUCUGUUCCAUAAACUAACUCCUCAUCACAAAGGAGUACCAAAUGACACUGCAUUUUUGGAAUCAUAAGUUUUUUUUAUUAUUAAACUAUAUACAAUUGUUUCCUUUAUUUGAAAACCAAAGUGAUACAGUAGAAAGAAUAUUUAAGAAGAAAUCAGAAAACUUGGUUUGAAACUUGCCUUUACAGUACCAAUAUUUGACUAUGAGUAAGUCAUGUGACCUCUCUAAGCAUCAUUUUUCUCAUCUGUAAAAAUGAAGCUAAUGACCUGAGUUAUUAUUGUGUUUCCUGGAAUUAUUUUGAAAAUCAAGUGAAUGAUGCAAAAAAGCUUUGUAAAUAGAGAAAGUAUUACACAAAUGUGAAAUUGAUAUACUAUUAUAUUUAUAAUGGAUGAGAACUUUGUUUUCUUGUGUUCUUUCCUUUCAUUCCUAUGCGGAGGAAGCAGAAGGGAUGUGUUUCUGUGGACCUGGUGAAAUUCUUGGUUGUAGUUUAUCCUCUUGCCCUUUACCCUGAAACAUUGCUCCUUCCAAGUGGAAAUGAUAGGGAGUGAAGUCCUUGGAGACUUAAUCCAAUCAGAAUCAAAUUGUGUUUGAAUGUGCU